AUGCACAAAGCACAAGCAAUGCCUCUGGUAACAGAGGAAUUGAAGUCCAAAGCAGAGGUGUAUUAUGGAGACCAAGUUUGCAGGGAAAAAUUCUCUUUGUUGCUGGCAGAAAUUGGUCUACCAGAUGGGUUACUAAACAUACAAGACAUUGAAGAAUGUGGGUAUGUCAAGGACAUAGGCUUUGUUUGGCUGAAGCUCCAGAAGAAGAGAGAGCACAGGUUUGAUAACAUUCUUGUAUGCUAUGAUUCAGUGGUCACUGCUUAUGUUGAGCCAAACAAGAUCAAGAAUCUCACUGGGGUCAAAGCAAGGGACUUUUUGGUUUGGUUCACCUUGAAUGAGAUUUAUGUUAAGGGUCAACCAGAAGGACCUGUGAUUACCUUCAAGUCUAUAGUUGGCUUGUCUAUGUCUUUUCCAGUGUCAUUGUUCAAGGCAGGGAGAGAAGGAAAGGAAGAAGCAAAGGAAGAGAAGUGGUGGAGGAUGAUCAAAUUGUAA